AUGAACUUCUGGGUAUUCCAUGACAAUUUUGACUGGAUAUAUGAUUGGACUUUUAAUUUGGAUACUAUUGGACAAGGAAACUGGAAACUAAUGUGGAAAAAUAACAGCUUUUUUUUAUUUAAAGCUGUCUUUUGGGGAGAUAUUGCCUUAGAUGAUGAAGACUUAAAAAUCUUUCAAAUUGACAGGACGAUUGACCUUACGCAGCACUCCAAUGAAAGACUUGGCCAUAACACAGGUGGCUUUGGAGAGCAUGGAAUGUCAAAAAAACGAGGUGCCCUCUAUCAGCUUAUAGACAGAAUAAGAAGAUUUGGCUCUGGUUUGGAACAAAAUAAUACAUCUAAAGGAAGAUCUAUUGUAAAAUUCUCAGGGAAAAAUGAGAAAAACCGAUUUCCCAGAGCUGCUACAUCACGAACAGAAAGAAUAUGGCCAGGGGGUGUCAUUCCAUAUGUAAUAGGUGGAAAUUUCACUGGCACCCAGCGCGCCAUGUUCAAACAGGCUAUGCGGCACUGGGAAAAGUACACGUGUGUUACAUUUAUUGAACGAAGUGAUGAAGAAAGUUAUAUUGUAUUUACAUACAGACCAUGUGGGUGCUGUUCUUAUGUGGGUCGAAGGGGAAAUGGUCCUCAGGCUAUAUCUAUUGGCAAGAACUGUGAUAAAUUUGGUAUAGUUGUCCAUGAGUUGGGUCAUGUGAUAGGUUUUUGGCACGAACAUACACGACCAGACCGUGAUGACCAUGUCACCAUCAUUAGAGAAAACAUCCAGCCUGGUCAGGAAUACAACUUCUUGAAGAUGGAGCCUGGAGAGGUGAAUUCCCUUGGGGAACCAUAUGAUUUUGACAGCAUUAUGCACUAUGCCAGGAACACCUUCUCAAGGGGCAUGUUUCUGGAUACCAUUCUCCCUUCCCGUGAUGAUAAUGGUAUACGACCUGCCAUUGGCCAGCGUACUCGUCUAAGUAAAGGAGAUAUUGCACAGGCAAGAAAGCUGUAUAGAUGUCCAGCAUGUGGAGAAACACUGCAGGAAUCUACAGGCAACUUUUCUUCUCCAGGAUUUCCAAAUGGUUAUCCUUCUUACACACACUGCAUAUGGAGAAUCUCUGUGACCCCAGGGGAGAAGAUUGUUUUAAAUUUUACCACCAUGGACCUUUACAAGAGCAGUCUCUGUUGGUACGACUAUAUUGAAGUAAGAGAUGGCUACUGGAGAAAAUCACCUCUGCUUGGCAGGUUUUGUGGUGACAAACUGCCAGAAGUCCUUGCGUCCUCAGACAGCAGGAUGUGGAUCGAGUUCCGCAGCAGCAGCAACUGGGUUGGGAAAGGUUUUGCAGCAAUUUAUGAAGCUAUCUGUGGAGGUGAAAUCCACAAAAAUGAAGGCCAGAUCCAGUCUCCCAAUUAUCCUGAUGACUACAGACCAAUGAAGGAAUGUGUGUGGAAGAUAACAGUGUCAGAAAACUACAAUGUAGGAUUAACCUUUCAAGCAUUUGAGAUUGAAAGACAUGAUAACUGUGCAUAUGACUACUUGGAAAUUCGAGAUGGUGCAAAUGAGAACAGUCCUUUAAUCGGUCACUUUUGUGGCUAUGACAAGCCAGAAGACAUUAGAUCUACCUCUAAUACCCUGUGGAUGAAGUUUGUUUCUGAUGGAACUGUUAACAAAGCAGGGUUUGCAGCUAACUUUUUUAAAGAGGAAGAUGAAUGUGCCAAACCUGACAAUGGUGGCUGUGAGCAGCGCUGUGUAAAUACUCUGGGCAGUUACCAGUGCGCCUGUGAUCCUGGCUAUGAACUUGGUCCUGACAAAAAGAGUUGUGAAGCUGCUUGCGGAGGACUCCUGACAAAGCUAAAUGGGACUAUAACCACACCAGGGUGGCCCAAAGAGUAUCCUCCAAACAAAAACUGUGUGUGGCAGGUGGUUGCCCCGACGCAAUACCGAAUUUCAAUGAAGUUUGAGUUUUUUGAGCUAGAAGGGAAUGAAGUUUGCAAAUAUGAUUAUGUGGAGAUUCGUAGUGGCCUUUCUUCUGAUUCUAAACUACACGGUAAAUUCUGUGGUACAGAAGUGCCUGAAGUUAUCACCUCACAGUACAACAACAUGCGAAUUGAGUUCAGAUCUGACAACACAGUGUCGAAAAAAGGCUUCAAGGCACACUUCUUCUCAGACAAGGAUGAGUGUUCGAAGGACAAUGGUGGCUGCCAGCAUGAGUGCAUCAACACAGUAGGAAGCUAUGUUUGCCAGUGCCGGAAUGGAUUUGUGUUACAUGAAAACAAACAUGACUGCAAGGAGGCUGAGUGUGAACAGAAGAUCCACAGUCCCAGUGGCAUCAUCACGAGUCCCAACUGGCCCGACAAGUAUCCCAGCAGAAAGGAGUGCACGUGGGAAAUCAGUGCCACCCCCGGGCAGAGGGUCAAACUGACCUUCAAUGAAUUUGAGAUAGAACAACAUCAGGAAUGUGCUUAUGACCACUUGGAAGUGUUUGAUGGUGAAAGUGAAAAAUCACCAAUUCUGGGACGAUUAUGUGGCAAUAAGAUACCAGAUCCUCUUAUUGCUACUGGAAACAGAAUGUUUCUCCGCUUUGUUUCUGAUGCAUCAGUUCAAAGAAAAGGCUUCCAAGCAACGCACUCUACAGAGUGUGGUGGUCGGCUGAAAGCUGAAACCAAGGCCAAAGACCUGUACUCGCAUGCUCAGUUUGGCGAUAACAAUUAUCCAGUUCAGGCAGACUGUGACUGGCUCCUCGUGGCAGAACACAGUUAUCGAGUUGAGUUAAUGUUUCAGACUUUUGAGGUGGAAGAAGAGGCAGACUGUGGUUAUGAUUAUGUGGAGCUCUUUGAUGGUCAUGAUAAGACAGCUGUGAGACUUGGUCGGUUUUGUGGAUCUGGGCCACCAGAAGAAAUUUAUUCAGCAGGGGAAACUCUUUUACUUCACUUUCACACUGAUGAUACAAUCAACAAGAAAGGAUUUCAUAUACGAUACAGAAGUAUAAAAUAUCCAGAUAGCGUGCACACCAAAAAAUAACACAAGAACCUCUAUGCCAGAAAAGGAGAGUGAGAAGAAAGAAUGCACAGUGGAAAGGAAAGAAGGCAUGUCUUUUUUUUUUUUUAAACUGAAGUUAUUAGCACAAAUGUUUUAUAUGAGUUCAGUUGAAAUGAUGACUUAUAAGACCAGAGACUCAAAUAAAAUUAAAAAAAAGUCACCUAUCCCAGUGGAAUAGUCAAGAUGAUGAUGGCAGACUCCAUACUUGACUGUCUCUGCAAAGCUUGUGAAAAGAAUUUGCAUGCAGGGAGAAUAUAAAAGCUGUUUUUCAUGGUUUGACAUUUGUCUUAGAUGCGUACAGAUUCAAUCAGUUGCAUUCAGGGGAAGUGACCGUCCAAACCAUUCUUCCUUCUGACAAUGGUAUGGGUCCAGGAGGAAAAAAAGCUCUUUCAGGUCACGCAUUCAAAAUACUGUCCUUAUAUCUAGUUGCUUUGACUUUGUAUCCAGUUUAACGUGUGUACAAGGACUUGAAAGAAGAAAUGAAAUGGGAAGGUCUUCCUGCAUUGUUCUGUAUUUUUUACAAAUUCAUCUGUCAUAUCAGGUUAUCAGUGUUUUGAAACUGGAAAAUCCGACUUCUGAAACAUAACUGAUCUUUAGAGUAUUUUGUUUUACUAAUGACUGAGAAGUCUGAGCUGUUACAUAGGUCAUCACCAGUUGACCAAUCACUUGUUGACUGAAUUUGAACAGCGUAAGCAUCUGAAAAUGUUUGGUUUACUAAUUAAGUAAGCUAUCUCUGAUGAUGUGCUCUUAUUUUGCACUGAACAUAGAAAGAGACUGAGAUGAAAACCUGUCCCAAAUCAAAACCUGUAUCCAUGAGAAACAGAAAUAGUCAAGGAUCAUCUAGAACGCCUCCUACUGAAUUUGUUUUCAGCAGUACAUUUGGAACCACUAUUAAGCUUUAUUUCUUCGGACCUCUUUGUGAAUGAGCUAAUUGUCUGGUUUAGCUACUUGGAAAUGAAGCUGCAGUACUAUCCAAGAGUCAGGUUUCCCAAAGAGGUUUUUUUCUGGGAGUAAGACGAUGACAAAAGUGAUGAGUAAGAGUGAUGGUGAAAAAAGCAAAGAAAAACAUUACAACAGACCCAGGAUUUGUUUGUUAUCAAGAGUGAAUUCCUAUGGUGCUAUUCCAUGAACAUUAAAAACAAAAACAAACUAAGAAGUUUUAGACUUUUGAGCCAACAGCUUGCAGAUCAUGAAUGUCUCACCACACCUGGCUGCAUCUGGAGAAGGAAGGCUUUACUGCUCCAAGGGAGAGUGGGUUGUAAUGGCAGCACUAGUCCUGUGGAACAACUACUACUAUUGCCUUAGAAUCCUCGCACACGGUCAGACAGAUCUUCCUGUAGAUACACCUCUAAUUUGAUAAAUAAUUCGACGACUCGAACAUCUUAGCACAUGUUAACAAAAGGAUCUUCAAGCAAAAGCCCCAUCUGCAGAGCAAGAUCAUCUGCUGUAAAUACAAUGACCUGCUUUUGAUGUAGAGAUAUGUUACAUUUAGAACUGAGAUAUUCUAUGUGCUUUAGGCCAUACAUGGCUUUAGUCAUAAUGUAUAUGCAUUAUGUAAGUAUUGUAUGAGUGAGUGCUCCAGGGGAGUGAGAGGUGCUGUAUGGGUGAAAAUUGAAUUGUUUCUUUAUGUGCCAAGUUCUACCAGGACCCUGUUUGACUGUAGCAACUUUUCUUUAAAGGCUUCAUAGACAGAUAACAAGGACUUCUAGUUGGCAAGAAUCAAGUUUAAAUGAAGUAUUAUGUUUCACUUACAAGAAAUAUUAUUUUGAUAAUCCUUUGAUGUAAGUUGCUACUCAGAUUAGUUUAGUUUCUGUUACCUUACUAUGAACAUACAUUGGCACUAAUAAAUCUGAUCCUUUUUUUAUAAAAAUAAAAAA